CCUCCCGAGAGAUCCCGAGAUUGGCCCUCAGCUGUGGCUAUUCCACUGAAAGCGGCCCGACAUCUAAAAAGUUUGGAGACCCCUGAUCUAAGGAACAAUCAGUGUGUUUCGAGAUCAGGUACGAUCCUGUCUAGGUGGGAUGCCUUCCCAUUGUUUUAAGGUAUUGUUUUACACGGGGUUUUGAGUUCACAGGGGCACUUUCGGGAUGCUGGAGGAAUAUGGACACUCGUUGUUAACGGUAACAGAUUGCCCAAUGCGUAUCCAUUUCAACAUUUGCUACGCAACGCGUCGACAGUGUGUGGCAUAACUAUGGAACUAUCCAUUUUUUUUGCUGAGGAUCUUGUCUCUCUCUCUCUUGUUGGCUUUAACGACCUCUAAAAAAGAUCAUGGCCGGCCAUUUCUGCAUUUAGGCUUAUUUUUUACCGCGUAGCAGGAUUAUUAAUGCUACGGGGGAACGGGUCCGGAUGGGAUCUGAUCUCCGGUCCUGCCGUGUAGACCGGCGCCGUUUGUCAUAUACACCACGGCGGGCCACCCGCGUGAGGAUCUUGUACAAUGGCUAGAGCUCAUUUAUGUUAAAAAUUGUAAAAACUUUCUUCUAAAUAUAAAAGGUCAAACAUAUAUUUAGAAUACAAAUUUAUCGGAUUUGAAAUCGAUAGAACUUGCGAAUAUUUGUUGGAAGGCUUUUGAGACGCAACGGUCAUUAACGAUUGGCUGGAUUUGCUUUACUAAUUUGUAAUCUGGGGCUGUUUAGUGAUCAAACGUUAAUUAGAUUCGUCUGAGCGUUAUGCAAAGUAUACCACGGUAAGCAUUAAUUCGCAGAACUUAUCACAAUCUAUUCUUGUGAACGCCACAGUAAACUUUAUAAUGCUAUGCAUAUUUGCUUAAGUAUUUUAUUUUACUGAUGAUACCAUAUGCUUUGAAUGUCUAUAAAGUUAAUAAAACCUCUACCCUUUGUAAAAACAUUUUGAAUUAAAACGUACAACAUAUUAAUAACUCCACAGUUGUGUUGCAGCCUGUAUUACUUAAAAUUAAAAAUUAGAAGAGAAAAAAGUUUUCAUAACUAAAAUUGUUAGAGAACAAAACACGGUCUCGCUUCAUUUUAUUAUCACUGUUGAAUGUUUUAUCGUUCCCGGAGCAGCUUUAAACCCACUUAAAGUUUAAUGUUAAUGUUUCAAUCUAUUUUUUAUCCCAUCUUACCGCAUGAUAUACAUAUUUGAGCCUUCUUCUUCGAAAAACCUUGACGAGGGGUGUAAAUUAAAUUUUGGGAAAGAAAAACUUUGUUGUUUCUCUCACACACAAUCCAAACUGGUUGAGCUCCACCGAAACUCUCCCAACCGAUGGGUGCAUCUCUCAGUGGCUUCUUUCCAGCGCGAUUCUACGCAACCAGCACGCAGUGUUUUCAAGCCUUUGUGCGAAAUGAAUCUCAGUCAUCGUCCUCCGGCAUUAGCAGUAGCUCACGCUUUUCGUCGUGAACGCACGAGCCAGCCUCGAUCUUGCCUCGACAAAUGAGUUUCGCUGUACGCCGGCUGCUACGGGCAGCCAUGUGCGUCUUUAGCUGGUUCGUCAUGCCCUACUCGCAGUGCGUCAGUAGCCGGAUAGAGCGUCGCAAGUUGCCACCGAUCGAUAAUCCGUUGCUUCUCCUGUCAGCCACCGUGCUGGCCGAACGCAUCCGCAAGGGUGAGGUGCGCAGCGAAGAUGUGGUCCGUGCGUACGUGCAACGUUGUCAACAGGUUAAUCCCCUGCUAAACGCCAUCGUCGAGGAUCGGUUCGAGGAUGCGCUGGAAGAGGCACGUGAAAUUGAUCGACAGCUGGCGAAAGGUGAUCUGGGCACCGUUGAGACGCUGGCCCGCACAAAGCCCCUUCUGGGACUGCCUGUUUCGAUCAAGGAAAGUUUAGCCGUCGAAGGAAUGAGCAAUACGGCCGGUCGCAAGCUGCGUGAGAAAAAGGUCGCCCUCAGUGAUGCACCAGUCGUGCAGCAAAUUAAGAAUGCCGGUGGCAUUGUACUGCUGGUGAGCAACACACCGGAACUGUGUCUCUGCUGGGAAACGUACAACCAGUGCACGGGACUUACGCGCAAUCCGUACAACCUGCAGCGAACGGCUGGUGGAUCUUCGGGCGGUGAAGCUGCGCUGAUUGCUGCCGCCGGUUCACUGCUCGGCGUUACGACCGAUAUUGCCGGAUCAUCCCGGCUGCCGGCAAUGUUUACCGGUGUGUUCGGACACAAACCAUCUCCGUACAUAGUGUCGCCGUACGGGCACCAUCCAUCCUGUGACGAUGAGAACUGGGGCAGUUUCUUCACGCCCGGCGCUAUGUGCCGGUACGCCGAGGAUUUGCCACUGCUGCUAGAAGCGAUGCGUGAUCCAGAAGGGAUACCCGUUACGCUGCACAAAUCACUACCGAUCGGUGCCCUGAAGUGUUACUACAUGGAAAACGACGGUCCAUCCGGUUUAACGCGACCGAUCGAUCCCGACAUUGUGCAGGCGAUCCGUGACGUGGCCGCACACCUGAACGCACAACGCGUCAACCUGAAACGGUUGCGCUGGACGCUGGACAUUUCCGUGUGCAAGAUGUUGCGCAUGAAAAAUGUGGAAACGAUUUAUAGCCCGCAGGAAAACGGUAAACCGGACACCACUAUCAAGCGCGAGGUGUUCAAGUAUCUGCUCGGCAUGUCCAAUUCCGAUCUACCUUCGGUAAUGAUUGGACCAAUGCAACACAUCGUGAACAAUUACAUUCCCCAAUCGCGGCUAAACUUUCUCGACAGCCAGACGGAGAAGCUGCGCAAAGACUUUAUCGAUCUGCUCGGCACGGACGGUGUGUUUAUCUAUCCCGGCUUCCCAAAUACGGCCCAUCGGCAUUAUCGCAUCUUUCACAAGCUGGUGGAUACGACGUACAUGAUGGUGUUUAACACCGUCGGUCUUCCGGCAGCAUCCUGCAUGGUUGGGUUUGAUCGCGAAAAGCUUCCAAUCGGUGUACAGAUCGUCGCUGCUCCCGGACAGGAUCAUCUUAUCUUUGCCGUAGCCAAAGAACUAGAACGACGGUUCGGUGGUUGGGUGUCUCCAUCCUAGAAGGAUCCGCUCUUACCGGAGUUGUAGGAGACAACUCCAAUAAUAAGACGGCCCAGCCGUCAUGCAGAUUGUGAUUCUUUCGAGCUUAAUCUAAGAUUUCCCUAACAUGUAUUCUGUUUUCCUCGUAAUGUUAGAUGUCCUGUGUUUGUGUGUGCGACACUGUUAUUUUUAUUCAUGAAUUAUGCGAUUUCGAUACGUUACGAACAAACACAUCUUUUCUAUCCUGUUCAUACGUUCCUAUUCGGUGCGUCGUCGUCGUUAAAAGGUAGAAGACUCUAUCGCUGGUUUGUUAAUUACAAUUGUUUUUUUUUUAUUACAUUGUUGAUCGGAUCGGAGACGUUCCGUCGUUACACAAAUUCUAACCAUUAGCAGCGCGUGAUGAUGUUGAACAUUAUGUUAUGCAUGUGUCGUUGACUGUUACAGACACAUAUUGAAGAAGGUAAAGGAAAUGCAACGAGACUGGUUGGUAGAAACAGGAAAUGGAAAUGUUUAACUGUGGACAACAAAUAUAGAAUAAAAUAAAAAGCAUAAUAAUUUA